CUUCCCUUUGAAUUUGCGGUUGCCAUUUUAUCACGCCUAGGCAUUGACCCUGGUCAUUACACACGUCGCUGAUCAUCAACCCCAGAGUACGCGUACAAAGGCGAAUGCCUGGCGAUGCUACUUGUGAGGUGCUCAAUCCGUCUCGUCAGCCACAUGAAGCGAACAUGACUUCGGCAAUUUUCGAGAAGCUGGUCCUACAUGCACCGCAUAUCUCCGGCAAGCAAUUGAUCCCUGCCUUCAUUUAUGGAACGGCUUGGAAGAAAGAGGCCACCACAGAUCUGGUCUAUCAAGCUCUUUGCAAUGGCUUCACAGCUGUUGACACGGCUGCUCAGCCGAAGCAUUACAGGGAAGACCUCGUGGCUGCAGGAAUUGCCAGAGCGAUCAAUGAUGCAAAGGUCAAACGAUCAGACCUCUACUUACAGACCAAAUUCACAAGUGUUCAAGGCCAAGAUCCUGACCACAUGCCUUACGACAAGGAUAGUCCCUUGAUAGAGCAGGUGAACGCUUCUAUCAUGAGCUCACUACUGAACUUCAAUUUUGCCAAUGUGGUGAAGGAGGGCGAUGUAAAAGAUCCGUACAUUGACACCCUUGUUCUGCAUUCUCCUAUGGACACAUUUGACGAGACCUUGGAGGUAUGGCGCGCCCUGGAACAAUAUGUGCCUAAUGAGAUCCGCAACUUGGGCAUCUCCAACUGUAACCUAUUCACACUGAUGGAAUUGUAUGAGCGGUCAACCAUCAAACCAAGUGUGGUGCAGAACCGCUUUUAUCCCUCGACAAAAUUCGACAUUGGAGUGCGCAAAUUCUGUCAAGAGAAGAACAUCCUAUACGAGAGUUUCUGGACUCUGAGCGCCAAUCCGAAGCUUGUCUGGUCGGCAGAGGUCGGGUCCCUUGCAAACCAGGUGGGCAUCAGCACUCAGUCGGCACUGUACUGUCUCGUGCUUGCGCUUGGGAAUAUUACAAUCCUCAACGGAACCAAGAGUCCGAGGCAUAUACAGGAAGACUGGGAGGCGAUAGAUAAAGUUAAGCAAUUCGCAGAGAAGCAUCCGCAGCAUUGGGAGAGUGCCGUCGCUCGCUUCCGCGCUCUGAUCGGUCAGUCAAAGCCUUGA